AACAGUGAUGCUCUUUGUUUCUUUACACAGCUCUGUCAAUUACAAAUUUUAGAUGGCAAUUUCAAGUUUGGAAUUUGUUCUAUUGAUCAAAUUGAUCUCUUAUGAAGCAUUCUGAAGCAGCUUAAUUUUUUUAAGAAAAACUCGAAUUACCACUUGAACUCACUGCUGGGCACAGCAGAAAGAGCCAGAUCCAGCAUCAUACUUUCCAAUUGUCUGUUCUCAAGGAACCAUAUGCUUCCUGUAUAUGUAACCCUGUCAAAACCUGGCCCAAGGGACAGAUGGAUAAUACCCUGACCAAUUCCUUCUUGCAUAGCUACCCAAACCUUCUUUCCUAGAAUAACAGGCAGAAUUAACAGGCUGACUUGUUGUUAGCUACACAAGACAAUUUAAAGUAUAAAUUAAUUUCCAGAAAAGCACCUUAGGAAUCAAUCUAUUUACUUAGAUUGUAUUUCAUUUUGCAUGAGAUUCUGUACAGCAAGACCAGAACAUAGUUUAGUGAUGGGCUUGGCAGCCCUAGGUUAGUAUUUGUACUUAAUGAUCUUAAAGGUCUUUUCCAACCAUGAGUCUGUGAUUCUAUGAAGACACCUUCUGUAGAUGUGAAUAACCUAUUUGUAUUGACAGUUCAAUCUGUAUGUCAUACAGCAGCCUAAAAAGGCUCUUUUCUGUUUAUCCUAACACUCUGUACUCAAUUGAUUUACAAGUCCAGUUGUUUGCUUCAGCAAAUCUCAGCAUUAGAUGCAGUAUGCCUAAACAGCAUUUUCUACAGAACUCCCAUACUUUGCCCUGAUGCUUGAAAGCACCCUUCCCAAACCACAAACUAGAAGCUGGCUCAAAAUCCUAGGCUGUAGCACCAGCAUAGUUCUCCCACGGAGCAAGUUUGACAGCAGUCUUGACACCCAAACAUGGACAGAAACACAGCGACGCUGACCAAUACGAGCCGUUCCCGCAGACGUGACAGCAGCGCUGUCAGAGACCCCAGUCGACACCGAGCUCCCUGCUGCGCUCCAAGUACGAGGCCUUCGCUUCCCCCUACACGGCGCCAGCCCCUCUUUCGCGUCCGCCGCCCUGCCCCUUGUGCAGGGCCCGCUCCACCUAGCCCCUGCUGCCCGGCACGGCGGCUGCCCCUCUCCCACGGGACCUUCCCAGGCCUGUCUGCCUGCCCCCGGCCUUACCUUCCCGUCAGUGCGGGCAUAGCGGCGCCCAUGUCCCGGGUAGAUCUUAUACCCGCUGAAGCUGCACAGCUCGACCCUGCGCGGGAGAGAAGGGAUAGCGAAGAGAGCAUGUUAGCAGAGAAGGCAAGGAGAGGCCCUGCGGCAGCCCACUCCCAGCGGAUGGCCCCGGAUGGGGCGGCGAGGAACCGCCGAGGCUCUUACUUCAUGAUGGCGGCUGUUGCGAAGCGGGCGGCGGCCGGGCCCGAAAGGAAGAGAGGCUGACGGGAAACGGCGUUGUGUGCGCGGCGCGCAGCACGCCGGGACGGCCCCCUGGACGCAGGGGCUGCCGGGAAGGGAGACUAGAGGGGAGCGGCGGGCAGCGGCUCCCCGGCUGGAGGGGGCGCGGGGGCCCUGCGGGAGCGGUGACGCCGGACGGGUCCGCCACUCUUCCGUUAAAAUACCGUUGGGCGGCUACAUACGCGAGAUCUUCCGUCCUACCGAAAAUAAAAGACACAGUUUUUCUCCUCGCGCAGUGAGGCAGCCAGUUGGCGUCCGGUGCUCGGUUGCCUUGGCGGCGUUGGCAAGCGGGGGAGGUAUGGCGGCGACAGGGGUUGUGGCGAGAUCGGAGGCCGUUGUUUCGUCGGUCGGAGCGGGUUUGGUAGUCAACUGGUCAGGUCAAGGAUUGCAAAAACUGGGCCCAACCUUACCAUGUGAUGCCGAUACUCACACUCUGAUUCUGGACAAAAACCAGAUAAUAAAAUUGGAACACUUGGAGAAAUGCAGGAAUCUGAUGCAGCUCUCUGUAGCCAACAAUCGUUUGGUGCGAAUGAUGGGUGUUGCAAAACUGACUAAGCUCCGGGUACUAAACUUGCCUCAUAAUAGCAUUGGGUAUGUGGAAGGGCUGAAGGAUUUGGUGCACUUGGAAUGGCUGAACUUGGCAGGAAAUAACCUUAAGGCCAUUGAACAAAUCAAUUCCUGUUUAUCUCUUCAGCAUCUUGAUUUGUCCGACAAUAACAUAGCUCAAUUAGGUGAUCUCUCCAAGCUUACAUCACUGAAGACUCUGUUGCUACAUGGAAAUAUUAUAACUUCACUUCGCACUGCCCCUCUUUGUCUACCUCAGAACCUGACUGUUUUUUCCUUGGCAGAAAAUGAAAUCAGAGACUUAAAUGAGGUUUCUUUCCUGGCCUCUCUUUGUCAUUUGGAACAGUUGUCAAUUAUGAACAAUCCUUGUGUGAUGGCCACACCUUCUAUCCCUGGCUUUGACUACAGGCCAUAUAUUGUCAGCUGGUGUCUGAAUCUUAAAGUUCUUGAUGGAUAUGUGAUUUCCCAGAAGGAAAGUUUGAAAGCAGAAUGGCUCUACAGUCAAGGUAAAGGAAGAUCAUAUCGACCUGGGCAGCAUGUUCAACUAGUCCAGUAUUUGGCCACUGUUUGUCCUCUUAUAUCUACAUACGGUCUCCAGACUGAAGAGGAUGCCAAACUAGAAAAAAUACUAAGUAAGCAAAGGCUCCACCAGAGGCAGCUAAUGAAUCAAAACCAAAAUGAAGAACCGCCCACAUCUACCAGCAAAACACUGCCAGUUACCUCUGAACACAGCAGUCCAGCCCAGCCAGCACAGAAAGUUCUUGAAAGUGAACCUGUCAUCCAGAAGAAUUCUUGGGUUGGACCAAGUGCCAAUGAUGACCAUUCCUAUGCAGUAAAGAACACUUAUCUUGAAAGAACUUUUCACAAGGAGCUAUGCCUUGAAGAUAUACAGACGGAUGAAGACAAGUUAAACAGCAGCCUUUUGUCCUCGGAGUCUACUUUCAUGCCAAUUGCUUCAGUGUCUCCUACUUCAGACCUGAAGCAACAUGGAAUUGAUUUGGGCCUAGAAGAUGAUAAUGAUACAGUGAUUGAACACAUGAGAGAUGUUAAUAGCAGAGAAACAGCUAGCAAGCAAGAAGCUUCAUGUGUUAAAGGAAAGCAAUUGAACAAAGUGGUGGGAAGCGUGGAAACUCAAGAGAAUAUCGUCAAAGAGAGUAUGGUGCUGUCACCUCCUGAUCCAGUAACAGCUAGCCUGACUACUAAUACUAACAACUGUUUAGCAUCCUCUGAAGAACAAGUUCCGCAUAGCCGCCCCAGCACCUCAGGAGAUGCUGAAUCAGGAGUUAAAGCUCUUUGUCCUGUCCAGGUGACAACAGAAGGUUCCGAUUCAUCAGCUGUUGUCAGUCAAGGCACAGAUGAACUGCAAAGAAUGACUAAAGCAGCUACGAAGCUUCAAGCCUGCUGGAGAGGGUUUUACACAAGGAACUUUCAUCCCCGAGCCAAGGAAGUGCGGUAUGAAAUUCGACUCAACAGAAUGCAGGAGCACAUCAUUUGCUUAACUGAUGAAAUAGAAAAACUAAGAAAAGAAAGAGAGGAAGAUAGGAUUCAGAGACUUGUACAGGAGGAAGCUGUUAGAUUUCUUUGGAACGAGGUGAAAUCCCUUCAACGAUGGCAGCUUUCAGUGAUGCAAAAUGUAGGAGCCACUUGGCAACCUGGGAUCCCUUCAGCCAGUACUUUCACUCCAUCUGAACCAUCUAUUCGACCAUCCACGCUUGAACAAGAAACCCCACCGGAUGUUAGUUCUGUUUUGUUAGUUCCAGACAGUGAAGCUUUUCAGGAAAAGUCUUUGUUGCCGUUCCCAGAUUCUGGAUUUCAGUCUUCCAUGGCUGAUCAGAGUCAGGCCAGUGACUUAUGUAGCUCUGAAAAUAGUUUAACAGAAAAAACUGAGAGCUCUUUUUCAGUGGAAACUGUCAAAAAGUGUGUCAGUUCUGUUUCAACAUUUUCUUCAGAUGUAGAGGAUGGCCAUGGGGAAUGUGGGCAGAGUAAAGAGAGCUCCGGUAAUGAGCAGGACAACAGCCUAAUACAGCAGUAUUUGAAAUCUAUUCAGCAGCUGGAAGAGGCUGAUGAAGGAACAAAUUGCAAUGAUGAAACAGAAGCUAGCUGGCCACAAAUUGCUGUUUCAGCAGAAAGCCAAGAUUCUUCAUCUGACAUUGUAGAUAUCCCUCAAGAUACAUCUUCCCCAGCCCGAGGUGAUAUCAGUCAGACAGCAGAAAGCUGCAAACGGAAUUCGGGAAUAGGAGAAGUGAAGCCAACGGACUGUGAUUCUUCAUUUCAGAUGCUGCAUGUUGGGAUAGCUGUAUAGUAGGCUCAAUUCCACCAAUGACAAUGGGAUUCCAUUUCACUUUCUAUUUUUCCAUCAAUACAAAACUUGUUUUUUCAUGUGUGCUGUUUCAGAUUUUGACUCACGUUACCAAUUUAAGUUUGUAUUUUAUUGUUGUUGCUGAGAACUGAUGCUAACUAUGCUAACCUGAAAUGUGCACAGUUCUCAGUGACAAUCAUUAUGCACUUUAUUUUCAUAAGCUGAUAAACAGUUACAAGCAUACAGAUAACAUAAAACUGAUAUCCCAAUAAUUGGCUUCCAUAAAUUAGUUCUGAAGAUUAGGGGUGGUGAUGUGUUUGCUGUAAGUUUACUGUGGUGAAUGUGUUGAUAAGUCUUUUAAGUCUUUCUAAAAGCAGAAUUGAACUCUUACUUUGCAAAUGUAAGGAAACACUAUGAGGAGAAACUGAACCGGUAUAGACAAUGUGUAUGUGUAUGGAUACAGCCUGAUAAGAAAGGUGAAAGCAGUUGCCUUUCAGACUUCUUUUGACUUCAACAAGAGCAGUUUGGUCAGUGUUUCAAAGAUGCAUUCCAUAAAACCGGUAUCCAAGUCAGUGACUUCUUUUUGUCAUUUCCUUGAAGCUGCUGACUAGGAAUUAGGUCAUUUACAUAUGCACUGAAACAAGGACUUACAGGUGUGAGACCUUAGGGAACUUCAAAGAAACUUUGACCUUUGUUUGCCCUGAGGCUGAAUUUCCCUGCUUUCUCAGGUAAAACUCAAAGUGGAACCAGUAGCAGCCUUUACUAAACAAGGAUUUCAAAAGGGGCAUCUGAUAUGGGAACAUAGUUUCUAAGACAGCGCUGCUGGGUUACAGCAGCAGACUUUGUGAUGUGUGUUUUUUGCCUCCACGAGGAUGCUCAUGUCACUGUGGGGUUUGGAUCUGCAUGGCUUUCAAGACACUUAGUGUGUUUGAUUGACCACAAAUACUUCUGUGUACAGCUAUAAAUAGUAAAGGCAAAUGCCAUGACUUAAAAGUAUUUCUUGACAUAUCUGUUGGGGGGAUUGGUUGGUUGUUUUGUUUUUUUUCUCUUUAUGUCCAGUAUUUGACAUUCUAAUUGAAUGUGGAUAAAAAGGUGUAUUUCUUCCCUGUUGGCAGAUGUGCUAAGUGAUUGAGGCUAUGCUUUCCACCUAAACACUGAGAAUGCAGUAGGUUUUGUGUCUUGCCCAGCAAUUGCUCUCCUGUUAUUUUAAUGGAAGAUGAUGAGGUAUCUUAGUGUACCUCAGAAGGGGCAAGGGAAAUCUGUUUUGCCACAUGAUUUGUGAUGGACACUGGUAAAAUAAAAACUGACGUUGUGACUUCUAGGGUUCAGUUCACUUUGCUAAUACUGCAUUUUUCGCUGUAUACUGGAAGACCAGUGUUUCAAUAGUUUGCUAAUAUUAACUUCUCUAGUUAUAAAGACACAUGCAUAUUAUAGUUCUCUGAAUCCACAGGUUAACUUCUGGUGCUAUGGUGUCCAUUAAAAUCAACUAAUGCUGUUUUAAGCUGCAUCUUACUGCCAUGUUACCAGGUAAAACAAUUAACUGCUUGUAAAAGCUUUGAUUGCUCAUCUACUUUAGCUUCUGAGCUGAAAUUUACCACUACUCAGGAGAUUGGCAUGAGGCCAGUAUCCACUUGAGGCCUCAAAAUAGCCUUUAUUUAGAACAUAAAUGGUGUUUUGGACUUGUACCAGCCAUCUGCCCGGUGGUGAAGUUCACCUUGAAGAAUAAAGCUUGCCUCUGCGUAUAGAGGAGCCAUCACCAAUUUUUCCCCAUCCUCAAAAAAAAAAGAGUUCUAUGGCUUUAAUUUCUCAAAAGAGCAGUCACUGCAGUCAAGCUGACACUUGGCUGUUCCUUGCAUACAUAAGAGCAUUUAAAGAAAAAAAAACUGAGGUGGUAUAUUCUUAAUGUUAUCUCUCUAACUCAGGCUAGUAACAGCACGUUUGUAGCAUACCCGUAUUCAUCAUUAGAUCUUAGAGCCUGCUUGUGCUUGAUUAUUGAAAGUGGUGCAGGUGCAUCAAUGUAUCAGAACAUCUAAUUAACUGUGCAAAGAAGUGUGUAGUCUACAUGAUCAUACCCUUGUCCUCUGAAGAUUCUCAACUUGGAUUUAAAUCUGUCAUGCUUGGAAAUUGCUGCAGUUCAUAGGAUUUGUUUCUUUAUCAAUCUGCUAAAAAACCCCAGGUUGUUUAAAGAGACUUUAUUUGGAUUUUGAGAGAGAAGUUAUUUCUGUCCAUGAAACAGUUAUUGGACCUUACACAUUGGAGGCAGUGCUUAAGUGUAAUAAAGCAGUUAAAUUCUCUUUUGUGGCAGAGUGCUGUAUUAGCAUAUGCAAGACAUGAGAGAAACCAGUCCACUGGCUGGAUAAAAAUGUUUCAUUUGCUGAAGACACUGAGAGACGAUAUAUAUUUUGCUAUUUUGUAUUGUCAGUUAUGCUGCAGAAUUAGAAAGAGGAGAAACAACUUUAAUUUUGGAGGUGUCAAAAGAGAAAAACUUGGUGAAAUAUUAUUUUUUCCAUGGAAACCCCAAAUGGUUCUUGACAUUUCUCUGCUAUUAGGACUUGUGAGCAUAAACACAAGAUGACUUAUUUUAACUAAUACCUAGGUCAACUGUUGACUUUUUUUAACUUGUAACCUGUAUAUCCAAAAGUGAUUUUAUGAAGGUACAGAAAAGCGUGUACUGACAUAUAAUCAACUUUAUCUUACUCUUUUGGGGAAGCUGUGGAAUAAGAAUUUGUUUUGCCGAUGUUCUGGAAAGUAUUUUGCAUGUGUAUAGGAUGAGUUGCCUAGAUAGAUAUACAGAAAUCACAAUGGUGAAGUUUUGGAUUAGUUUUUACAGGGCUAAAUGUAAUUAGUUUGUAUAUACACAAAAUAUUUUAAUCUUUACCAUUAAAAUACAUACAGGGAAAGACAUAAUGAAGAGUAGAGUGGAAAAAUAAGGACUCAAACUGGAUAUAUAAUUAAAAGUGGCUUAUUUCAAUCUGUUUUGAGCUCUCAAAGUAUCACGAUAAUAAAAUACCAUAGUUUAAUACAUGGCUUAACAUUUAUUCUUCUUUGUAUGUUUUGUUAACCAAAGUAUGUAAUACUCUUUUACCUGGAUAGGCAUGUACAGCUCCCUUUGGAGAUGUUGAACAUUUCAUAAAGGAAUUGGAAGGCUUUAUAUAUGAAAGUCCGUGUCUGAAAUCUUGUAUUAAUAUUGUCCAUCUUUCAGCAUUUUCCUUUUGCAAGGCUUCAUAUUCAUCAGAAGAAUGUACUUUGUGGAAUUAGCUUGUCUGUUGUGCUUUGUCCUGGGCUGAUCUUCCUGCGUUGAUGGAAGAGGUUGCUAAUGGUCAUUUGUGAGGCAAUGCUGUCAGCUCUGCCAUGAGUACAGUUGGAAGUGCUGCUUUAGUUUGAUUGAGGAAAAAUCAGCUAAAAACAGCACAGUUUAAAUAGCCUGCACUACACAAGUAAUUUCACUUCAAAUGAGAUGUUUGGUACAUGCAAGCCACUUGCAGCUACUCUAUGGCAGAAAUUACUCUUUUUGUCUGUUUUUCUGAAGGCAGGGACAAGGGGGAAGGUGGAAGUGGAUUUGUAUGUGUUUUCAGGUUUAGUUUGUCAUGGUAACACCAGUGCUUUUACAAUUGCUAAUUUAGUUCUCUCCCAAUCAUUUUUGUAGUUUACACAUUUCCAUCUUUCAUGUAAUCAAGAAUAUUUUGGGGUUUUUUUCCUACUGCAUGUAAUAUUUAAUAGACACUGUUGCAGAUUGCAAAGGUAGCGGAAUAUCAUGAAAGCAAGUCUGAUCGUAUUUUAUAUAUCUAGGAGGGUUUUUUUCAGAUAUUUGGAUUAUAUUGAUUCCUUUCUGAUACGUAACUUUUUUUUUACAAAAGAAAAACACAGGGCAAUGCCUUGUUAAUGAUAGUAAAUAAAUUUCUGUUUCAAACUUCUUCCAAGAACUGAGCUUAAUGGUCACAACUCUGGUUUUAGUAUCUAAAACUGUCACUUAAAGAAACAGAAAAUUUAGCUGCUGAAUGAAUGCAGCAACUGUAAUAUUAGAGUGUGGUUUGUUUUUUUUUUUUUUGUGGUGACUAUUCCCGUGUGGUGCUAUUUUGUAAACAAAGCACAUGUGGCAAGGAUGCAAUUUUUAAAAGGUACUGAACAUUUCCUUUAAAAGAGGCAGGGUCAUGCUUGAGUCCAUAUGAACUGGCUGUCUAAAUUGGGAUUUUUAUCUCAUUUACUUCUCCAGAAGUGUUCUUAUACCACAAAGCAAGAAGGCAUUAAGAUUGCAAAUUAUAUUUGGUUGAUUCUAAAACACAAAUAUCUUUCAGCAAAUACUUGAGAAAGUCCUUGUUAAACCUUGUUUGUUUAUAGUCAAGUCCCUGAAACAACCAUAGAUUGUACUAUUUGCAUGCAGCAGUUUAAAUAAAGCACUUAGCAGCCAAUCUGUAUAUAUGAAAAAACAGGGGUUUUUUUUCUGAAUAAUAUUUGUAUGUCAUUGAGCUUGCAAAAUUGUUCCUGCUUUUUAUGAAUUUGUAAAUAUUGUCUGAAGAAUUCCAAUCCUAAUUUCUACCUGUAGCACAUUGUUUGAUGAACACAAAUAGAAGAUACAUUCCCUUGAGACUACCUGGGUACUUUUUACUGGACUUGAAGUUACAGUGUCUCACAUAGAUACUUUUUUUUUCCUGAGAGAGUAGAGUUGUAGAACUUCAUAAAAUGUAAAAUCUGCAGUUCCCCUGCUUUUUAGUUAGUAGAAAAGUCCCUCUUUUUGUUGCUGUUGUGUUAACUUUUUUUUCCCCUUGAGGACUGUGCCACUCAAACAAGUAAGCAUCCAGUAUUCAUUAAGCCUUUCAAAAAGUCUUUUUUUCAUGGUUAGUUUGUUUUGGGUUUUUUUUCCCCAGUUUGGUUUUCUGUGACAAAUUACUGAGAAACACACACUUUCUUUAUGUCCACCAAGACACUGAGACUGUCUAUUUUUAAAUGCUUUCAUUAUGUCAGUAUUGGAAAAAACACAGGAUCCUUUACUUACAAAAGCAUGAAACCAGUAUUUAUCAGGAAAGGUGCUUUCUUUCUUGGAAAGUGCCGUGCCAAAUUUUACUGUAUAAGAGCUCUCAAUAAGGAACUUUUGUUUCUGGGUUCAUUACAUUGACAAGGGUACUAGCCAAACUCACUUGUAGUAAAAUUCUAUUGAACUAAAGUUUGUUGAUGCUUUCACAGUAGUAUUCUACCUCUGAACUAGAAUCUGAAAAAAACAAUUAGGCAUAGAUUUGUCUUUAUUUCUUACUGUUUUCUGUGAAGAAUAAUGGGUGGUUAAAUUGGUACAGUUCGUAUAUUUUCUAUAAGCGUUUACAUUUCUGGAUUUGCUGUUUCUUAAA